AUGUUAGACAAUUUGCCCUCCACGACCUCUCAUUCCCGGAUACCCUGGUCAAAAGGCCGAAGUGAAAGCAUUUGCCGUGCGGAGAAGUUCGAACCGCCACCGGCGUUUUGCGGGGAAAAGUUUUCUACCUCUUCCCCUCAAUUAUGUCUGUUUCCCAUGCGAGAACGAUGCCGUCCUACCAACCAUUUCAAUGUCUCGUCUGCCAAAGUCGAUUUACCCGGCAUGAGAACCUCAAGCGCCAUUCUGCGCUUCAUUCGCGUUCUCAGGCCGAAGCCUCCCUUCCCUGUGACUUUUGCCACGCGACUUUCUCGCGACCUGACUUGCGCAACCGACACAUGA